ACAGAAUAAUAAACAUUUAACCAAUAAAAAUGGCAGACUUGGACGAUGCCGCCGAGUUGCUAUUUUUUGACACAUUUUCCCAUGAAGUUAAUUCGGAUAUUAAUUUGGAUCUAGUGCAGUUUCCCAAACCGGUAUACAUAACACAGGUACGCAUAAUUCCGCUAGGCGCUCGAGUACAAGCCGACUUUCCCGGCGGUGUUCGAUUGGGUGCAACUAACCCCUCAAAAUUUGGAAUUGAAUUUUUCGUCAACGAUCUGGGUAUGCCCGGGGCCUCGACAUUCGAGAAUCUUGGUAGUCUUGAAUACAAUCAAAAUGAUUGUAUACAUUUAGAGUGUCAUUUGGAAAAGAUUCCAACUGACGGGUUGGUUCUGAGAGGUUGGUACAGUACAAUCACUUUGGCAGUUUAUGGAACACUUACAAAUGCCACCGUGGCUGAUCAGAUUGCAAGUCCACCUCGAGAACCAAGUGAACCACCAGCUCCUGAUGAAGUUCUUCUUAUUCCUGAAGAAGAACCCAUUAAAAUUGAAAAGCCCGAAUGGCGACCAGAUAAUCUUCCUUUCGAAUCUGCUUCCAUGGAAGUUGAACAAUUUGAUGUUGUUCAAAGUCCUUCUGUGGGAAGUUUCCAAGAACCCGAUGAAACUGGUUCUUAUAAGGCUGAUGUCCGUUUGAGGAAGACUUCUCAUUCUUCGGACAGAAGUGGGACAUCGAGAACUCGCACCCACUCGGAAAGUCACGAACGGGAUGGUUAUUCCCGUCAAAAGCCAAGAGAGUGGUCGCGAAGUCCGGAAUACCGUCAAUCGGGACGGCGGACAAGAUCCAGCGGAGGAGAUACUUCCCACAAAUGGCCACGAACUCCUCCACUUGAUUCACCUAUUCGCCCGAGGUCUCCUGAUGUCGUAGAGGGAGAUGACUACAAGGCAAAGUUGCCCGUUGAUCCACAACCAGCUUUGGAAGAAGAAGAAGAGCAAUUCGAACCAAUCCUUAGCGAUGAUGAGAUUCUUGGCGAUGAUGACGAUGCUCAAGAAAUCGAAGAUGAAAUAGAUAUCGAAGCUGCAACUUUUGAAACAGCUAUUAAAAUCCAUAACCCUUUUAAGACGCCGCUGGACAGAUUUGAGGUCAAUCUGCAGGAUCUGUACUCCAAGGAUUUAGAGAAUUUUGGGAUUUCCCUGAAUAAACUGAAAUCCCAGACAAAAAUGGAUGAAUUCCAUCUAUCCAGUGUCGAUGAAAAGGAAAGUCUGGUUCUAAUUUCGGAACAAUUGAUUAAUCAGUUGACACACUUUCAUCAGUCUUAUCGUCGGAAGAAUUUCAUUCUAGAUGCCUUCUUUCACGAGAAACCAGAAAAUCUUCAGUUAAUUGGGAAACUUCUCAAAAUCGCUUUGAACUUUGAAUGUGCUUGUCUUCAACCACAACCGGCUUUUAAGAUAAGACACAUAAAAACUGGAGUUCGUCUAAUAGAACUCUUAUCUCCAAGCAAAGAUAUCCUAAACCAUCUUCUUGUUGAGGAGAAAUUAGAUCCUUUUGCUCAACUCUUUGCUUUGUAUCAACAAGAAUAUAUGGCUCUCUCAAUUAAACUUAUGGUCCUUAAAGCUACCUAUGCCCUUUUGGAUACAAAGCCUGGCGUUCAGUUGUUCAUUAAUAAUGGAAAAGUUAAUGGAUAUCAACAUUUAUUAACUAAUCUUUUGCAAACUCCAUUAACUCGAACAAAAUUCGCUCUCAAAUCGAUUGUUAAGAAGAUGAAUUUGUACGAAGCUUUGCAAACUAUUCGAGAAGCUGCCACCAAACAAUUUGUCUUAGCUGAUACUUUUGAUGAGCAACUUUACAACGAUAUUGACUUUGCAAUGAGUGAAGUCAUAUCAGCUUUAAAUUCUGAUGUUCUAAGUUAUCAUCAGCCCAAGAGAUUUCUUCCAGUUUCGAAGAAAUUCGAAAUUGUCUAUGACACUGCUGCAAUGAAGAGCUAUGCCAGCAUGAUUGAGUCUUAUUUUACCAUUCAUUCGCUAUGUGAAUCGAUUUUAUUGGUUUUCAGUAAUAAAAGUAUAGUUCCGCCAUAUUUGGUCACUAAAACUAUGGACUUGUUGGAUGCCAUGAUGAAGACUCAUGUUGGAAUUGAUUAUUUUGUUGAUGACUGUUUUGAAGUUAGUCAGGCUUUGGUCAAUUGUCUUCUAGAAGAUCCGCAAUUAAUUGAUUCUGAGGAGCCAAUUCCAGAGGACGAAGAUUUGGAUGAUGAUGAGACGAAAAAAGGGGAACUCAAUCACUUCCAGAAACUCGGUUUGGCUUUAGCUUUUAGAAUACAAACUCGAUACCAUAUCGAUGCGAUAAUUAACACUCCUUUGAUUCCGGAAGAAGCUAAUUUCUUGGCUACCCAUCUUCAUGAGCUCUAUAGUCAAACUUGCUCGAAUCAAUCUAGAGUUCACACAGUCGAGACAAUCGCUUUGAAUGACUAUCUGGAGCCGAUUAUUAAGUUGAUUGAGAAGGAACGUCGUCAGCAGAAUUCUCCUGGCGUCAAAUAUAAAUCUCCAGUUCUGAGUUAUGCUGUGGAUAUGGUCGAUUGUUGUGUACGUCAUUGCGAUAACUUGGAUUAUCUUGUCGAGCAUGGAACAACGAUAUUAGAAUUGGCUAAAAAUCAUGAGAAUUUCGAGCCAUCUGUGUCGGCAGUGUUGCAAGAGAUGUACGUCUAUCUGAAACCUCUAGAGACGAUUAAUAUAUUCGCUUAUGACGAUAUCACUCCAUUGGUGGAGGUAAUAACUCGCAGUUUAGAGUAUAUUACCACAUUCCCAGGAGAUCUUAUCAUGGGUUUGAGAAUUCUCCGACAUCAAUGCAUUGGAGGUGGGAAAACUGCAGCUAGUGCAGAGACCACAGAGCUGAAACAUCGUUUUAUGGCGCUUCAAUUUUAUUCGGCUGAUGGGGUGGUAACUUUGUUGCAUAUUCUAGAAAAGCUGUGUCAGUAUUUCGAACAACCUGGUUUGCAUGCUCCAGCGUUGAUGACCAUUCAAGGAGUUCAUUGUUGUCAGAUAGUAUUGCCAACUUUACAAGUUUUGAGGGAAAUGCUCACAUUUGGUAUUCAAUGUAGAGAUGUUCAAUAUAAGGACCUUACCUCAAUUGAACAUCUUAUGAAGACUUAUUUCCUGAUGCAUUAUAUACCAAGCACAAGUCAGGCUUUCGAAGAAGCUCUAAAGAUCAAAGCGGAGAUUAUAAAAAUUUUCUUAGCCUACACACAACCAAAUGAAGAAGAUGAAGAUUUACUGCACAAAAGUUUAUGGACUCAAAUGAUUCGCGAAGUUAUCAAAGCUAUUCUCUCUGGACCGUCAACUUUUAUUCCUGGACUUCAAGUUUUGGCUGAGUUAUUACCAUUACCUUUGCCAUUGCCUAUUACUGGACAACUGCAAGAUUCACAAAUGCAAAGAAUGCUUACAGAACGUAAACUCUGGUCGGCUCAUUUACAUCCUGAGAGUGAUCGUCUGGCAUUGAUGAUUGAAACUAUUUGUCCAACAUCGUUUCCUCAGUUAUCUGAUUUGCUGACUCGAGUUUGUUUGCAAUUAGCUGAUCUUGCACCUAAUAUGACUCUGUUGGUAUCGAAGACAUUGACUGAGAUGUUAUGCACUGAAGGACCAAAUGGUGCCGGAUUAGCGAGAAUACUUAAUUUCUUUGCUCAAUUGACAUCGUAUGCGUCCAUCAAAAGUUCAGCUUUGUCAAUUUUAAGUGGAAAACUAUGGGAAUUAUUUCAAGGUGUAUUGAAUAAUCCCCCCGAAAGUGGUGGUGUGACUGAAUUGAAUGCCAAAUGUCAAGUUGCAGUUCAUAGAAUUUUAGAAAAUUUCUUUGAUUCAGAGAUUUCAUUGAUUUCACCAUAUUCCACUUCAUUGUUGGAAUUGAAUUUGGCAUCAGCUUUGCCACCAAGGGAACUUAUUCCUAAGAUCAUCGAAGCUAUUUUAAAUAAUUUCCUUAAUGCAGAAGUAACUGGAACUGUGACUGUGGCUGCUUCAAGGAAUUUGAUUAUACUGACCGAACAUGACAUUACCUUCUAUCAUCUUCGUCAAGCAUUAAUGUCCAAACGUGAAGAAUUCCAAGGUUGGUUAAAGAAAAUCCUCGAAAUCAACGAAAGUGCAACUUUCCAUGGUCUUCUUGAGACAAUUGUCUUAUUAAUUCGUGGUCUCACGCAUAUUGACAAUACCACAACAGACACAACAAUUCCCAAUCGAACUCUAAAAAUGACAACAGUUGAAUUGAUAAGCUUGCUUGGUUACAAAAAAGACACUGAGGAGCAACAUAUCCUCAAACGUAUUAAAGCUAUUUUGGAGAAAGUUGAACCACCAAGUGAGUCACUGAUGGCUGAUAUUGAUAAAAACAUUACCGAAUUAGAAACUUAUGAGCCAAGUGAAAGUGAUGCUUCAUCACCAGAAUCGAUUAAUGAACCACACUUGCCUCAAACUGAAGGUAUUGUCACACAGUAUGCAGCUCGACCGAUUUUCACUAUCUAUGAGGCUACCGAUGACACACAACUUUGUGUCCAAUAUUGGUUGGAUCCUUUGCGCAUUGACACACUGACGAAAGAAGAUCUAGCUCUUUGCGAGCGAGUAACUUCUGAUAUAGCCGAAUUAGUAACAACAUGUUUGCCAUCAGAGACAAAUCUCUCGUCAGACUGUAAACGUGUGCUUCAUUUGUCUGCUUCGCCACAAUCGAAUCGUGAACGAACACCAACAGCGCCAUGUUUCCGUACUCGUCGUGUCGAAGUUGAACCCACAACUGGACGACCUGAGAAGAAAAUAUAUAUAACUCCAGUUCGCGGUAGAGGAUUUGCUAGAGCACCACCAUCUAGAGGAGAUCUGUUCCGUUCUCGACCUCCAAAUACCUCCCGACCACCAUCACUGCACGUUGACGACUUUUUAGCACUUGAAACUUGUGGUGCACAGCCCACGGGUCCCACAGGCUACAAUAAAAUCCCAUCUCUUAUGCGAGGAUCUCGUGUUGGACGUAAUCGAGGCUCUCGUAUUUCAAACUCUGGCAAUGGACCAUACAGAAAAUCGAAAACCCAUAGAACUGCUUCGCCAUCACCAUGGGACGCUUCCUUGGCACCACCACCGCCCCAGCACUUCCGUACGGCCACUUCAGAGCCAGUGGUGACGCCACACUUUAGCAGUGAUCCACACUAUUCGCAGUCUCAUUUCGGAGGACAACGGUCUCGAGGACGUGGAAGAAUAAGAACCUACUUGCGAUAGACAAAAAAAAUAUUUAAAUUAUAUAUACAUAUUUUUCUUCUUUUUUUUUCUAAAAAAAAUACAUUAUAUAAAAAUUUUAUUUCGA